UAAGGAGAUUUUAAGAAGGGUCCCCCUUCGAUUUCAGUACAGUGGAGUUUGUUGCCAUAACAUAACUCGUUCCAAACGGCAGGAUAUGGUGCCGAUUGAUUGUUUUAGCAGUAAAAUCUGUAUGGCGUGUGUUUGUCCAAAAGAAGGAGCCCUGUUCCCUGCAGUCUGUGGAGUGGAUACCAUGUCAUGGGCUGGCUGGUCAAAAGUCAGAGCCUUUAAGGACUUAAUUCUGGAAGUGAGUUAAUAUUUAAUCCAGAGAUCUGAAGGAGAAAAAGAAAGAAAGAAAGAAAGAAAGAAAGAAAGAAAGAAAGAAAGAAAGAAAGAAAGAAAGAAAGAAAGAAAGAAAGAAAGAAAGAAAGAUCACUUGAAGGGACAUGUUAAUCUAUAGGAAGCGUUUCAUAAAAUGAAGUGAUCGAGAUAAAAUGUACAAAGCUUAUCAAAGUGCCUCAUGCCGGAGAGUAAAAUCGUAGUAGUGAAUACGAUUCAGUGUGUGCUCUCUAAAAGCAGUCCUAUGAUCCUAGCGGGGAGCCGUCUUCCCGAUAGAAGGAAUGUCUCAACUCUCAAAAGCUCCCGUCAGGCUAAUUAUCAGCUGAACGCUCGCAAAAUCCAGCAUAUGCAGAAUUAGUAUCGGCGCAGGCACGACGGCUCUGUCCCCUUCGGACAACCCCCCAUUCCACUCCUGCUUUUCCUUAAGUGCGGGUCCUUUCCAAAUACUGAUCAAGUGGAAAGCCAUGAUCUGCCCUUCACAAUAACAACCAUUCAGAGAUGUUAGUCCACACCUAUUCCGCCAUGGACCGGCAUGAUGGAGUCCCCAGCCACAGCUCCAGAUUGUCCCAGCUGGGCUCUGUCUCCCAGGGACCCUACUCCAGCGCGCCGCCGCUGUCUCACACCCCGUCCUCGGAUUUCCAGCCGCCUUACUUCCCACCCCCCUACCAGCCUCUUCCUUACCACCAAAGCCAGGACCCGUACUCCCAUGUCAAUGACCCUUACUCCCUAAACCCCUUGCAUCAGCCCCAGCAGCACCCUUGGGGACAAAGGCAGAGGCAGGAGGUGGGAUCAGAAGCCGGCUCCCUGCUGCCACAGCCUCGGGCCGCCUUGCCUCAGCUCUCGGGACUGGACCCCAGGCGGGACUACCACUCAGUGAGGCGGCCAGAUGUUCUCCUCCACUCGGCACACCAUGGCCUGGAUUCCGGCAUGGGAGACAGCCUUUCUCUGCAUGGCAUCGGCCACCCAGGAAUGGAGGACGUGCAGUCAGUUGAAGAUGCCAAUAACAGCGGUAUGAACCUAUUGGACCAGUCUGUCAUUAAAAAAGUUCCAGUUCCUCCAAAAUCUGUUACUUCUCUGAUGAUGAAUAAAGAUGGCUUCCUGGGUGGCAUGUCAGUCAAUACCGGCGAGGUGUUUUGCUCAGUACCUGGCCGCUUGUCCUUGCUCAGUUCCACUUCAAAGUAUAAAGUAACCGUGGGAGAAGUUCAAAGACGCCUCUCGCCUCCAGAGUGUCUGAAUGCAUCCCUCUUAGGAGGAGUCCUUAGAAGAGCCAAAUCGAAAAAUGGAGGGAGAUCGUUGAGAGAGAGGCUAGAAAAAAUCGGUUUGAAUUUACCAGCCGGCAGGCGUAAGGCCGCAAAUGUCACUUUACUCACCUCCCUGGUGGAAGGUGAAGCUGUUCACUUAGCUCGGGAUUUUGGAUACAUCUGUGAAACGGAGUUUCCAGCCAAAGCUGUUUCCGAGUACCUGAACCGACAGCACACGGACCCCAGCGAUCUCCACUCCAGGAAGAACAUGCUCCUGGCUACCAAGCAACUUUGUAAAGAAUUCACGGAUCUCUUGGCCCAGGACAGGACACCCAUUGGCAACAGCAGGCCCAGCCCUAUUUUGGAACCCGGCAUUCAGAGCUGCUUGACUCACUUCAGCCUCAUCACCCAUGGCUUUGGGGCCCCAGCCAUCUGUGCUGCCCUCACAGCCCUCCAGAACUACCUGACUGAAGCUCUCAAAGGCAUGGACAAGAUGUUCUUGAACAACAACACUGCUAACAGGCACACAUCUGGGGAAGGACCAGGUAGUAAAACUGGAGACAAGGAAGAGAAACACAGAAAAUGAAAAAAAGGAGAAAAAAUAAAUAAAUAAAAGAGAGAGAGAGAGAGAGAGAGAAUCUUUUAAAACAAACAAACCAGUUUUAAUUUUAGCUUUAAACUAUUGGAUUGGGAUUUGGAAGAAUUAUAUUAGGUAGGACAAAAAUAAUAAUAAAAAGAAAGACAAUAACUUAAGAUCAGAGGCGCACAAUGGAGCAAGAACAGUGGCUCAAUGUCUCUUACACGGAACAUUUGAAGACAACCACCAGGAUUUUUCCACUUCUGUUCUCACUUUUUUAAUGAUUUUUUUUGGGGGGAGGGGGCAAAAAUAAAAUAAUAAUAAUAAAAGGAAGAAGUGAAUAACUUAUUGGAAGAAAUCAGAGAAACGCUUUGGUGUCAGUGCGUUGGUUUCUUGUUUGGGCUCAGAUGUACAGUCUAUCUUUUUUUUUUUUUCAAUCAAACAAUGUCCUGUGUCUACACUGGGGAAAACAAAAAAAAAUCUUCCAGUAAUGUUAUCUGGGACAUUUCCAUUCCUAGCAUCAGCACCCCUCACUUCCAUCCCUGCCCUCAUCUUAUCUUGCUCCUCUGGAUCUAUCUAGACUAGAAAAGGGGCUGGUUUGGGUAGCAAAGGCUACAAUAUGACUUGCUAAUAGAAUUGUAAAUGUAUUAAACUGUUUCUACAUUAAUUACAGUGUCUACAUUAAUUACAGUACAUUGGGUGUUUCAAGUCAUGUUAGCUCAAUCCAGUUCACUAACUCAAUUUUUAAAAGGCACCCUUUUUUCCUGGUCUAGACAGACCUUCUGUUUAGAUUACCAGUGUUUACAGCUAUAUAUGUAUAAUUUGGUAUUUAGCAUUGAUGGCUCUUAGGGUGCAAAAUUUGAAAAUAAGGUCCAGUAAGAUGUUAAUGCUGUUUUAAAAACUCCUAAUCUUAUAUUUAAGGUAUCCUAAUUUCCUCUAAAGGAACAUUCCUCUAAAGGAAUAUUACCAACAAUGCCAAUGUCUCUAUAUUUAAUUUGUUCUAAUAGUGUGGGUGUACUGAGAGAGAUCUACUCAUUUUUUUUUAAACAAAAGAAGUGCUAGUAACAAAAAUUGAGUAUGUAAUUCCUUCUCAGGAGUAUGCACUAUUUUAUUUUCUUCUGUUUCCCAAAGCUUUGCCCGCUUGGCUUAUGAGCUUCUUCAAAGAGGACUAGAGCUCCCUACACAAUAUAUCAGGUACAGAGAAAAAUAAUCCACAAUUCUAAUACUUUUUUUUUCUUAAAUCAAAGCCAGUGGUUUCAGCAUUCUGCAGGUGUACUUCUUUAAAGAAGCUCAAAGGGAAUAAUUGAAACCAGAUUAAAAAUAACUGAAAUCGAGAUGUAAUAUUAAGAAGAAGAAUGCCGUUUUGUCGAAGGGUUGGUGCAAACACUUGCUUGAGCAUUAGUGUUUGAUACACAAAGCGAAAGCCGUUGCUAAAUGCAAUCGUGUGGGUGUAUACUAGGGGCGGGGUGGGAUUGCAGGCGAAUGUCCUGAAUGACUGUCUCACUCUGAGGAAAUCUAUUUCUCUCUAGAAAGUUAUUAAGAUGUUUCUGUGACUCUUGUUUUAGAACAAAUUCAGCAGGAGGAAAAAAAUAGCACCGGUGUUGUGGGUUUCGUUUGUUUGUUUUGUUUUGCAGUAAUUGGGUGCAUUACAUGAUGUUUUAUGACUAAUAUACAUUUUAAAGACAUGCCCUUCUAUGGCAUAUAUGGGAAAUAAUACUUAUGCUUAAGGAGAUGAAUUUCAGCUUGGAUUGUUCAGUCUUGGAUAAUUGUAUUUAUUCAGUGGGGUAGAGAUUCAUGCAUUAAGGAAUCCUUUCACAUGUCAGAAAAGCUACUGUCGCUGGGUGAAAUCCUGGCUCCAUUUAAGAUAAUGGCAAAGCUCCCAUUGACUUCAAUGGGGCCAGAAUUUCACUCUCUGUUUCAACUUAAGAUCAGAUACUGAAUUCAUUAUGUCUCAGGCAGGUCUGAAAUCCCAAAGAGAAGAAAGUCAAACCUCUGGACGUGGUCUUUAUUUUCUAAAUAACUGCAAGGGGGGGGAAAUGAAUUUCGUGUAAAACUAUUGCCCCUUUCUCCAUUUCCCCAACAAUUAUUUCUUAAAACAAAAUGAACAUGCCUUUCGCUUCCCAGACCCAUCCUCACAUGCUUAGCUACGAAUGCCACACUUCCUAAAUACUUACAUUUGAUAUCCUCUUUGGCUUUCCUACCCUUGCUAUGGUAAAUAUAGAGGAUUAUCUUCAAGCAGUAAGAGGAGAAAAUUACCUUGCAUUUCAAACCAGGGACUUGAGCAUGCAUAAAACAAACCCUACUGAGCUUAAUUUGCAGGAUAUCCCCAUUCCAGCCAAUGGGAAUAUUAACCCAGUACAAUUUAGCCCUAAUUCAAUCCUAAUUUAAAUCUCAGGCGACAAACAUUAUUAUCCCCAUUCUACAGAAAGGGUAAACUGAGGCUCAGAAAGGUUAAGUAUCUUGUCCAAAGGCUCUCAGCAAAUCAGAGACAGGAUUAGGAUCUAGGAGUUUCCAGCUAUGGCUGAUAGGCAGAGCCAGGUCACUGAGAUCUUUGGUUCUGAUUGUUCACACAGCAUCCGAACAGCUGGGACCAAAUCCUUCCCAGCAGUCCCCUUAAUUUCACCAGGACACUCCUGUAAGAGAAGUCAGCGGGCUUUAGCCUAUGGACAUAAUAAUUCAGUCUCCUUACAAGACAGCCUACCCUCCACCUCUGUGAUGGGGGGUGGGGGGAACACUUGAGUGGAAAUUAAUCACAACAUUUCUUGCAAGGCAUGUCUCUCUUUUCUGGCAGUUAGAGACAACUGUGUUUCUGGAAACCAAUCAGCAACUACUGCAUGCAGCAGAAGCUGGUCCAUGUAAAGAGCAUUUACAAUGUGCCAAACAGGCAUAGCUAAAAACUGUCCAAGGCGCAGCAGCCGAAGUGGGUUUAUUGACCACAAAAGGCGUUGUUGUAUUGAACACAAAUGGCUAUCAUUGCUUAAUAUUUAUGAAAUAGCUCCCAGAAGCCCCAAACCCCACCAGAUCCCAAGCUGUACAAAUACAUGUGAAGACACAGUUCCUGCCCCCAAAGAGUUUACAGUUCAACUUCUCUACGUUGUAGCAUAUCGGAAAAGUUGUACGCCGUUUGCAAGAAUUUCGGAGCAGAUACAUUCGAAACACCCCCUAGGAGCCCGAUCUCGCCCUUGCUGAAAUCAAUGGUAAAACUCCCUUUGAGUUUGGUGGGAGCAGGAUCGGUCCCGUGAGAUUUGCUCCAACCCCAGUGAAGUCAACAGGAGUUUAAUUCAACAGAUUUUGGAUUAGUCUCCAAUUAAACAUAUCUAGGGGGUAGAAAGAGUCAGCAACGACCUGCUCUCUCUUUGCUCGGGCAAACAACCCAUUGAUUUCAGUGGAGUAUUUCCCCACCCCCUCAUCCCCGGUAAUGAGAGAAAGCUCGUGGACAUUUCUAAAUUGCAAAAAACGUGGCAUAGGUUUAAAACCUAAUUGAUUCCCCCCUAAUCUAAUAUUCGGCAACUGGUAGCAGGCGUCCAUUACUGAUUAUUAUAACUUUGUUGAACAAUUUAUCCCGCUAAACGCAUAAUUCGGCCUCCUGCUCUCAAACUAUCACUAAAGUAUAACUUAAUUGCAAGGCAUUACCCAGCCUGUUUGCACUCCCCCUGACUAGGCACCUUUGACGUGGAUCUGAUAAUUGAGUUAUUAAAAGAUUUGGUUUCCUCGGGAUCAUAAAUCAAUAAGCAGGGGGAUUAACAUGACAGCUUUGCUUUUAACUCAAGGGAAACGUUUAAGGAGAGACCGUGGAAAGUUUGUUUUCAAACCAAACAGGUGGGUUACUGUACAUUUAAUUUCACCCUUAAACGAUUUGUUUAAUAUAUACGUGUAUAUCCCACGCUGAACAACUCAGCUCCUGUGCAAUCUGCAGCGUUUCUGAUAAGCCACCUUGUUAUUAACACGAGAUAUAAAAGAAUCCGGAGGCUAGUUCAUGUCAUGUAGGUCAUGUCUGGGGACCCCCUAAGGAUGGGGGGAAACCUGGGUAUUUAAUUAAUAUUGGGCCAUAUCAUGUCACCAGAAGUCUCUAUUGAACCGAAAUCUGAUAGCGCAAUGGGGUCCAUGACCAGAGAUUAGUCAGGCAAAUAAAUGUAUCUGUGUGUCUAUAUAGUUAAAUAAUUACCGUCUUGUAUCUUGAACAAAUUCUAUAACAAAAUACCUCGAGCUUGUUUAUUUUUAGUUCUGAAGCCCCGAAAUAUGCUCACGAAUUUGAAAACGACAGAGCUGUUAAGACUAAAAGUUACCCUGCUAAUGUUUUCUGAAAAGCUUUGCUUAGAUUCUGAUUUUGUACCAUUUUAAUCUUUUGCUAAUUAGCUUAAACUAGCUUGUUUCGAUCCAGUAAUGCUCAUUUCAGGUCCUAAAGAUCGCCAGAGCUACUGAAAAAGUAGUUUUCUGUUACCCUGUUAUCCAACAAAAUACCCCUUCUGACUUAAAAGGACACUAAUAUUUUUUUUCCUAUUUUCUUAUACCAAUGUAAAAGAAAACAGUAUUAAAAAACCCCCCACAUUUUAGAAAUAUCUGACGGUACAGAAGAGCCUAUCUAUCGUAACCCCUUGUGUGCCAAAGUAUGUCUACAUGUUAUAAAAAUAAAAAAACAAACAAAAAUAACCAUAAAAAUGAAAAUAAAAACUGAAAACGUGGGAACUGAUACUACCCUCCUUUCUAUGCCAAAACGGAUUCCUUUUUGGAUCACCUUGAAUAGUGAGAAAUAUCAGUUGAGCGACUCUUCCUAAAAAAAAAAAAAAGAAAUGCGGAGGGGCAUUCAAUGUUAAGUUUGUACAUAUUUAUUUAUGCUUAAUUUAACGGGAAUGUGUAAAUAUGGCGAGCAAGUAGUUUUGAGUUAUUUAUCUGUGAAUCUAUACCUCUGUGAAUGGGUGGGGGAUUUAAAAACAAAAAAAGAAAAAAAGAAAAAAGAAAAAAAAACGAAAGAAAAAAACCGCUUGACACUAGAUAGUAUCCUAUCUGAAUUUUUUUUUCUGUUCUUUAUAGACAAGCUGUUAUGGUAAUGGGUAGAAAUUGGUUUCUUGUCCAGUGAUGACCUGAUUUACAUAAAUAAUAAGAAGAAUAAAAAUUGUCGUGUUUUUGUUGUAUUUUCCUCUUCAGUUUUUUUGAAUGUUGGUGCUGCUUCAGUUCUGCAGACGGAUUUACUUAUAACGCCAAGAAGUCUUUAUUUUCCCAAUCUGGGCUUUGGGAAAAUUAGGAUAUGUCUCUACAUUAAAAAAAAAUGACAAUAAAUAUUGCUUCUCAGAAACGUUGGCAUUUUAUUUUUGUCUGAUUCAGAGGUGUCUAUAAUUUUGCCAUCUUUUCCUCCUCUUUCUAAACAGACAUAAUAAACCUCA